GACCAGUAAAAAUGGGAAGUACUGGAUUCUGGUUUCCUCCAAGAAGAGUCAGCGGAACUGGUUAAGACCAAAAUCUGAGGACUUUAGUGGGCAAACAUCAGUCCCCUUUUGCUUUCUUUUACGACCACAUGAAACUUGAGAAGCCAUCUAAAGCUAAAUCAUUUAGUGGAGUUGGGCAAUUCCCAAGUGUCCAACAAGAAGGCCUGGUUUAGGCUGCGAUGGCCACUGUCAUUCCUGGUGAUUUGUCAGAAGUAAGAGAUACCCAGAAAGUCCCUUCAGGGAAACGUAAGCGUGGUGAAACCAAACCAAGAAAAAACUUUCCUUGCCAACUGUGUGACAAGGCCUUUAACAGUGUUGAGAAAUUAAAGGUUCACUCAUACUCUCACACAGGAGAGAGGCCCUACAAGUGCACACAACAAGACUGCACCAAGGCCUUUGUUUCUAAGUACAAAUUACUAAGGCAUAUGGCUACUCAUUCUCCUGAGAAAACCCACAAGUGUAAUUAUUGUGAGAAAAUGUUUCACCGAAAAGAUCACCUAAAGAAUCACCUACAUACACACAAUCCCAACAAAGAGGCCUUUAAGUGUGAAGAAUGUGGAAAGAACUACAAUACCAAGCUUGGGUUCAAACGUCACCUGGCUUUGCAUGCUGCAACAAGCGGUGACCUCACCUGUAAGGUAUGUUUGCAGACUUUUGAAAGCACAGGAGUGCUGCUGGAGCACCUAAAAACUCACGCAGGCAAGUCAUCGGGUGGAGUGAAGGAGAAAAAACACCAGUGUGAACACUGUGAUCGUCGGUUCUACACCCGAAAGGAUGUCCGUAGACACAUGGUAGUGCACACUGGAAGAAAGGACUUCCUCUGUCAGUACUGUGCACAGAGAUUUGGGCGGAAGGAUCACCUCACGCGCCACAUGAAGAAAAGUCACAACCAAGAACUUUUGAAGGUCAAAACAGAGCCAAUGGACCUUCUAGAUCCCUUUACCUGCAAUGUUUCUGUGCCUAUUAAGGAUGAGCUGCUUCCAGUGAUGUCUUUACCUUCCAGUGAACUGACAUCAAAGCCAUUUACAAACACUUUGCAAUUAAAUCUCUACAACACUCAGAUUCAGUCCAUGCAGAGUUCUGCAUCUGCACACCAAAUGGUUGCCACAUCGUUACCAUUGGGAAUGCCUUGUCCCAUAGACAUGGAGUCUAUCCACCCUUCUCACCAGCUAUCGUUGAAAUAUCCACUCGGUACUACCUCAUACACCAUUUCUAUGCCUGAGAAAGAACAGCCAUUGAAAGGGGAAAUCGAAAGUUACUUAAUGGAGUUGCAGAGUGGUAUGCCUUCUUCAUCCCAGGAUUCUCAAGCAUCUUCAUCAAAACUAGGGCUGGAUCCACAAGUAGGGCCCCUAGAUGAUGGGUCUGGGGAAGUUUCCCUUUCCAAGGGCUCCGUUCCUAUUAGCGAACCUCUAAACACGCCGUCAUUGGACUUCUCUCAGCUCUUCAACUUCAUACCUGUAAACGGCCCUCCCUAUAAUCCUUCCGUUUCGGUGGGAAACCUCGGCAUGAGUUACACGCAAGAGGAGGCACAUUCUUCUAUGACUCAGCUUCCACCACAAACCCAGGAUCCACAAGAUCCUAGCAAUAGUAUAGGUCUUGGGUCUCUGCACUCGUUGUCAGCAGCUUUCACAAGCAGUCUAAGCACAACCACCACCCUACCGCGAUUCCAUCAAGCUUUCCAAUAGGAUGUACAAAGCUGGCUUGUUACUGUCUAUUUGUAGAAAUGCCUUAGGUGACCAUUUUUAACAGUGCCUACUAUAAGACAUUAUAAAUUCUCUGCUUUUGUACAGUACCAAUCUCAUGAAGCCAGUAAGAAAUUUAAAUUAACUUUUAAAAAAUGUUUUGAAAGUGUUUAUUCUCAGCUGUGUUUACUUCAGGUUUUUUUUUAAAAGAAGCAGUCUCAUUGUAUUGUCUUCAUUUUCACUGCCAAUUGAUACAUCUAAAAUGUUCGGUAGAAAGUCAUCCCAAGCAACCUCUCAACACUCAUCCUUUUUUAAGAAACUUUUUCAACUGUACAAGCUAUUCUGUUUUAUUGAUGUCAGUCGUAGAACUGCCACUUUUACCUUUUAAUCUAUUUUACUAUUCACAAAGAAUCCAGUUCAAAUAUGUAUCACAAAGAUUCCUGAAGAUUUGGGAAAGAAAUUCUUUGGUCCAUUUCCAAACAAAUCCUCUUCCCAAAUAGUGACGCAUCUGAUCUGUUCUAUAAUGACAAAUCUAAAUUUUUAAAAUAAAUAUAGAAUUCAGAUUUUUCUGAAAACUUGUGUGUGUAUAUAUAGAAGUGCAUAUAUACACGUACAUAUAUAUAGCAUUUUGACUUAUAUUGAAGUCAUUACAAAAGGUGUUAAGAAUUUUGCCAUUUUCUGGCUUAGUUUUUUGUGGCCUGUUA